AUGGAAGGGUCAGAAAUAAACAUGCAAGAGCUGUUGGUUGAUGGUGUUUGUCCGCCAAAUUACAAUCUACAACUUCAACUUUUCGAAGCCACAAGAAAGGGAGAUCUUUCGAAAGUAAGAAGCUUUUGUCAGCUAAACUGUGAUCUAGAUUGUGUUGACAGUUCUGGAAAAACCCUUUUACAGGUUGCUGGAUAUCUGGAAAAUGUGUCUGUUCGAAAAGAAAUUAUGAAAGCACUUCUUAGUAGUGGGGCUGACUUGAAAUUCGUGUUACUAAAUGAGCUAGUUCGUGAUAGCAAUGCGCAAAUGGUGGAAGUCCUUCUUCAAUUUCACAAGCCAGCACUUGGUUCAUCCCUAAAAAAAUACGUAAACCCGCUGAUUCCUGCGGCAUGUUUGCAGAAUUUUGAAAUCAUUACAAUGCUGUUGGAGAAUGGAUUCAGCAUUAGUGAUCCAAAAAUUGCUCAGUUGUCGUCAGACUCCAAUACUGUGUGCAACGAAAAGUUUGAACCCGCCGUGUACCGUUCUAUCGAAUACCGCGCACUUGCAAGCCCCGUAUUUAUCGUGGCGUCUUUUCUUCACGACGUCUACAAUGGUCCAGAUCCCAUUUAUCGUGCAUGCGUCCUGCACAAAGAACUGCGUGAAGUAGCUGAGCAUGAAUACGAGUUAAAAAAUGAGUAUUUUCAGCUCAGUGAUGCCAUUAAAGAGUUUUCGGUGGAUCUUUUGAAAGAAUGCCACACGAUGGAGGAGAUAAGAUGCGUGAUGGAGAUGCAGGACAUACAUGACAGUGUACUGCAUGUAAAUGGGAGUUUAAGCAUGCUUAAGCUCGCUAUAAGUACUGGGAAUGACAAGGUAGGGUCUCCUUCUUUCCACCUUUUCAACUGAAAUCAGCCUUUUGGGCUUAAUACUCGCUGUCAGAAUCUUUGUUGGCGAAAAAAUGAGUCGCUAUUACAAAUAGUUUGCAAACAAAAGGGGACAGCACAUUACCCUUGCAUCAAAAUUCUGGUUAAGAGCCUGUUAAGCUUGGUGAAUCAGACGUACCACACAGGCUUUGAAAAUGAAAAGUUAAUUUGAAAGCCGGGCUAAGCCUGGUUUUAAAGAGCUUUCGUGGUAAGCCGGAUUGAAAUUUACAGGCUAUGAAAGUCUGGUAACUCAGGUUUCGACUGGAUCUUCUCAACCAGAAAUUCUUAGUUAGUCUAUUACCAGGCUUUCCUGGUAGGCCUAAUUGGAAUUUAUACCUGGUUGAAUUGAAACCUUAAAAGCUUCGUUAGCCUCGUUGGUAAUGACAAAUCAUAAAAUAACGCAGAACAAAAGGUAGACCUUGGCACUUAUGAUAAAAUGAAAGAUAUCGGGUCGAGAGGCAAGAUCUUGGCUGAAAAAUACAUGUUUACACGCGGUAGCUUAGCGGUUUAUGUAAACUGAGCUGGAGAAAAAUGACGGUAUGUACACGCUAUGUAAACACUAAAUAGCCGAACUGCUGACCAAAAACAGAUCCAAAAUUACAAAACUAUCACCCGACAGAUGACAACGGUGCUGUAAUUGAACAAUAUCUGUUAGACUAGAUAUUCCUUUCAGGAUGAUUCUUCCUGAAACUGUUGGAAAAUAGUUUGAAGAAUGACUUUGCAUUGAUCGAGUUCUGGCAUGUUUCUAAGUUGAAAAUAUUCUAAGCGGUGAAUAACAAAGCAGUUAGCCUAUUUGGCUUUUGAGUUAUGAUAUGAAGAAUUAAUGCGCAUUUCGGAAUACUUUAACCUUGAUCUGCAUAGUUCUUCAGAUGCUGUCAUCAAAUGACUGAUUGAGACAGUAAAAUUAAAACUAGCUAAAAGCCUAAGCAAUACGUACGACCAAUAGCUUCAUUGUGUCAUUCAAUGCCUUUUUUUUCGUAGUUCUCUUCAAUUUAGUUCAUAUGAACAGCUUUUUCGAACUAACAACUUUUACUCUUCUCCAUUUCAUAGUUUGUCAGCCAUCCUUUCAGCCAGCUGAUAUUAACUCAGAGGUCUACAGAAAUGCUUCAUUCCUGGAGAAAAGUGCCUGGAAACAAGCAGCGCUUAUACUACUGGCAGCUCUGUCGUAUCCAUUGCUAUUUUUGGUUUGGCUAAUUUUUGACAGCUGUUUUCCAAGUCACAAUCUGGCCAGAAUUUUUCGCUCGCCCUGUUUUAAAUUUCUCAUCCAUUGCGGCUCCUACCAAACUUUUCUUUUCUUGCUAGCUUUUUCUGCGUUUGUUUCGAAGAGCGAGUUUCUGGCCUACGGCAUUACAGGUAAAUGAAAUAAGAAGGACCUUAGAAUAAUGACUAAAAUGAAUAAUUAGUUAAGAAAGACAGUCAAGUCGUUUUAAAAAAUAUUAUUAAAACAAAAGAGAACCAGAGAUGUCUUAAACAGUCGAGCCUAAUCGUCCAAAGAAUGUAUUAUGACUUGCUAGAAUAUUGUGUCCAAGAAAGAUUUGACUUGAACCAGAAACUCAUAAGGGGUUGAAACGUGUAUUAAACUCGCGUUCAAUUCUCUUGAAUAUUCACUUUUACCAUAUUUGGAAACCUUAGUGACAGAUAUUCAUUUUCAACAAAAUGGCUGCCGCGCGAUCACCAUGCAUAUGCUUUAAGACAAGAGUUCUGCAUUUCAAGGUUUAAAGUACACCGUUAAAAGACAAAAAAUGGAAAGAGAAAGAUCCAAAGAAUGCUCAGCUUUCUUUUUUUGGAGGAAGGGAAGCUUUUCAUCAAGAAAUCGUCUUCAAGGAAUUCAACCUUGUUUUCUUCUCGACGGAGCGCAUGGUCUGUUUUGAAAUGCAACCAAGGCAGUGAAGUUUUUCAGGUACAUUUUGCACUCUAUGGCCAAGACAAUUACGUUUUUGAAAGGGAAUUUAUGUAUUUUUAAAUGUUUCAUAGACGUUUUAUAAAUUUUUCUCUUCGGCGCUUAAGAGAAAAAUUACAAAAUGUGCCCCGAUUUGAGAUGGAUACUGUGUUGAAUUUUGCCAGUGCUCCGCCGAUUUCACUUGCGUGAACGGAUCCACGAUCCAGAUAGUGUUUUCCGAAUUGCUUUAAAGGACUAACUUUUUGGACUUAAAUAAAAAUUUUCAAGAAACGGAUUAUCUGUCUAUUCUUUUGAGUUUGUUCAUUCAUAAAAUUAGCUCAAAACACGAUCGUGACUACAACAUCCAAGCUGAAUUUAAGCUUAAAUGCUUCUCACAUUCAUUACACGCAUCACUUUUUGCGAAAAUGUCAGGUUCAGGUUUUGGACUCUUCUCGAUACGCAGCUAAUGAUUUUCUUCGAAAAUGUUUUUUACUGUUUAUUCUAGACUUUUAGUAUAAGAAUUUUAAAAGCCUAUAGUUUACUGUGCACAGGGUCAACGAGGCAUCGUUUUUUGAAGUGACAACUUCAAGUAGUUGCGAGGACGUUAGUGGGUUUCAUAAUGUUACGUUUGGCCCGGGUGGUAAGGCAAUAAUAGGGAACUUAAGAACCACGACGACGACUUUGUCGACGACGGCCGGAAGUGAGAUACCGUGCACUGCGCAAGCGCAGUUAACAAAUUUCGUCGUCGUGGUAUCGUCGACGACGCCAAACACAGUAGAAUCACGUCGUCCUGCAAUCCACAAGCUUCGGCAGGUAUAACUCCCUGUUUUUAAGCGAUUUUUCAAGGGCUUUGUAUUUUUUCACCUCGUAAAUCCAGGUAUCCUUUCUUUUUUCUCCUAACAAGCGAUGUUGAUUGAAAAUUUGACUGAUGAAUUGUGUUUACUUCGAAGACAACACUGAGCUGUGCAGGCUUAGCGAGCGAACUCGUGAGUGACAAAUUUAUUUGUACGUAUUUAGGUCAGGCAAAUCAUAUAUCUUAAAUAUAGUGGAAAUGAACUUCAUAUGGAAAACAGCUAUCGCAUCGGAAUGUCUGUUUUUCCAAAUCUAAAUUGUGACAGACACUCGGACUCGGUCAUGUCAUUCAAGUUGAAAGUUGAAUAACAUUCGUACGGAAAGCAGAGAUUUUUCCAUUCGAAAAUGUCAGACAACACUAAAAAUUCUUCAUCGUCAAUGAAAGUAGACGUACAGCUUAUAAAAUGAGAUCUUGCAUCGUCUUAAAAGACGCCUUUGCGAAAAAACUUUGUUGCGAACGAACAUCACAGUCUACAUGUUUGUUUACAUUCAGUGUCGUCGACCUACCGAUCGACUGCAUCUUAAGUUUCCUUUUUGCCGCCGAAACUGACGUUCUCGUUCCAGUCCUUUCCCAGUCAACAGACGUCGUCGUCGUGAACUUCGUCGUGGUUCUUAAGUUCCCUAAUAUCCUGCUCAGUGUUUCGGUAAGAUUACCGGUCUCAACCUUUGAAAGCUUUCUCGGCAUUCGGGAGUUUUCAUCCCGUUUGUCAGCCAUUUUUUUAAGUGGGCGUGGGAACCUGAAGUAAAAUUACGUCACGUUGUUUACGAAGUUUGAUUGGUCAGUUAUCUCUUCUUCUCGUUCCAAAUAUGGUACUUUCGAAAAUGAAUAAUCAGGAGCAUCGGACAAAAGUAAACAUAUGAGAGUUACACGUUUCAACCCCUUAUGAGUUUCUGCUUGAACUAAAUACAGGCUCUCUAUUGGUUGAGAUGAAUUUAUUUUUAACAACCAUUUCUCCUUUUCUUCGAAGACUGGAUUGUUGUCGCAUACGUCAUUGGGCACCUAAUAGACGUCAUCAGAGACGCUUAUCGACAACGGAAAGUUCAUUUCUUCUCUUUCUACUGGAACUUCGUGGCCCUUGCUUUGGUGACGUUACUUGCUCUCCACCACGUCAUUUGGUGGGUAGGUCUAUCAAUUCUUAAAGAACAGCCACCUCCAAUGACAUGGGAAAGCCAUGCUGAUAAUCGUGGAUACAAAGUCAUCCUUGCCUCGUACUGCAUUCUCGCAGUGGCAAUCCUUUUGGCUUUUGUUAAGAACCUGUCAUUUUUUGAAGCCAACUCUAUAACUGGUCCACUACUUCAAGCUUUCAUACGGAUGAUUAUAGAUGUAGCCAAGUUCUUCCUGUAUUUUAUUUUCGUCUUUCUGGCGUUUGCUAUCAGCCUUACAAACCUGUACUUGCAGUAUGACAAAGCCAGAGAACAUUUCCACCCGAAUAAUUCAGGAACAAGUCAAGGCGAUGCCCUUGAUCUACAAAGGUGCGUAUAACUGACAGUUGUCUACACUUCUAGAGACAUACAAGUUUAGCAGUCUACGAAUAAGGAGGAGGAAGGAAAAAAAAGCACUUUAUUUGAGUGUCAAUGUAUUUAGCACGAAAGUACUAAUUGGGACACUAUAUUUUACGUCUCCAACUGGAGAAGGGACCGCCAUUUCACGUGGUCAUCCGAGCCACGCGAAGGUCUAGCCUGUUGCAGUGCAAAGGGAGUACCUUCAUUUCUCGGUUAUUUUAAGACCCUGAGUAUUGGUCCGGCCCCAGGAAUCGAACCCACGACCUCCUGCUCUGCAGUCAACACGCUCUACCGACUGAGCUAACACUGCCGCGGAAAACCAAAAAUGAGGGGGAAAGGAGUGGGGUGGGUUAGCAAACACUCAUCAUCAAAUAUAUUCGGUUACAGCCAAUAAAGCUAGUUUUCAGUAACAACAAAUGCCUCGAGAAAUACACGUAAUUUAACAACUGGCUCUUGCGUCAGCGUGCGUAUGGGGAGAUGUGAAGCAUGCGGGAAGUUUGGAGAGCACGAAAGAGGCGUAAGAGUUGCUCGAGUAGUAGCCCAGAGCAACUAUAGGCUCUUGACAUAAUCUUCGACAUACGUACCGCUGAAGCAUAAUCCAAUUGUUUUAUAACAUAAAUUAUCAAUGCGAUCAAUGCAGCAGCAGUCAACUAAAAAUUUUAUUUUUUAUUAUUUUUGAGCGUACUUUAAUCAGUACGCGUUAUAUUUAGGUGACAAUAUUCUUUCACCUCAGUUAUCUUUUUAUGUUAACUGAGAGAAAGUUUACUCAAGUCACUUAAGAUAACAUUAGGUUUUAAAAUCCGUAAUGAAGUGGAAAACAAUUAAUUCACCAUUUUAAAAUAGACCAUGAUGCAAUUUGUUACCCCCAAAAUUUUGUAUAACCAUUGUUUUGGAUUUCUCUUGAAAACAAUGGUUAUGUAAAAUUCUAGGGGGUAAACAAGGUGCUUAGGGUCUUUGUGAAAGUAGUAAAUUCACCAAAAAAAUUCAUUUUCAGUGAAAACGCACACUCCACAGCCCGCUAAUCUCACGCAAGAUUACAACACCGGCAGCAACACUCACCUCAUUUUCCUCCUUUCGGUUAACAUAUUCAAAAGUUUUCCCCUACACUUGGGUUAUAAACGCUUCAUUGUGCAAUUAAUGAUGCAUGAAUUGCUAAGCUCGCACGAAGUCGAGUUUUUAGUUUAUUGACGUCAUCAGCAUGCACGAUGGGGAUAUGAAGCGCGCUCGCCCUAUUGAAUUUGAUUAGGCGACUAUUCUAGAUAUGUUAUAAAAUUUUGUGGUUCACAGCAAUAAAGGGAAGAAACAAUGCACCUUAUACUGCUUUAAUAGGUUGGCACGUAGAUUGGCGGUGGUUUUUACAACCUUGCAAAUGGCAAUGGAGGAUGAAUGAGACAAUGUCUAUGAAGCAAUGAUGAUCUCUCAAUAAUUUUUGUGGGUUGUUUACAGCGAUUACUGUAUUUCAUUCGCAGAUUUGGAAAUAGCAUGAGCACAAUCUUUUGGACGAUAUUUGGUCUCAUAGAUGAAGACAGUUUUCAAAUAGACGUCAGUGGUUACGGUGCUAUAUGGAAGACAGGCAUGACAUUGUUUGCUGCGUACAAUAUCAUCAUCGUUAUUGUGGCUAUCAACAUGCUGAUUGCCAUACUUAAUGAGUCAUACACCCGGAUAACGGUAAGAUGUCACUUAAAGAGUGUCGGAACGAUCCUGUAACCGAAAGUGUAGAAAAUUUUCAUGCAAUCACGGAUCAGGCCUCAGAACUUUUUGCUCUAACCAUUAUAUUUUUGCUGAUAUUUGCAAGCAUAUCAUUAAAACUUGACAAAGUUGCCUCACCUUUUUCAACUUUCAAUCUAUAUCCAUCCUUUCCAUCCGUGGCACCAGAAGCCACGGGAAAGGGUUUCAUUGCCUAAAUAUAGGCUUGAUGCCAUGACAUGUUUUAGCUCUUUAAAAAAGAUAGCACAUAGCCUGACAUUAGCCCCUUUAAAAGACAGCGUGAACCAAGAAUAAGAAUAUUUUAGAACCCUUUCAAAAGAACAGGAUGUUUUAACGAUUCAAACCUGGCGCUUUGCAAGGUAAAGGUAUCCUCUCCACCUCAGUCAAUUAAUCUAAGACUCUAAGAAAAAGGAUGGAAAGCCGAAACCUCCUGAUCUGUAUACUGAGAUUAGCUAUAGUUCCUUGGACACGAAUUGUUCACUGGGAUCGCAAGAUCGACAACUCGUACCAACAAAAAUUCUUCAAGCACCACAAAUUGAAUGACGUUUAGAGGUACCUGAGGUAUAAUCAGUUUGAAAUUUGUUGUACAGGAAAACUUGGAUACCGAGUGGAAGUUUACAAGGACAAGAAUAUGGUUAAGCUGGAUCUACAAGGACGAUGUUCUUCCACCACCAUUUAAUAUUCUGUAUGUGCUACUACCAAUCUGCUGGUUAAUUACACAUCUCGUCGCAGUCUGUUGU